AUGACUAAGGGCUUCCCUUCCUGGUUGAUCGGAAGCCGUUUCGUCGUCGCAGCGAGCCAGCCUCCUCGAAUUGCGGGCGGCUUCAUGCGUGGCAAGCUCCCGCUAUCCCCGAGCCGAUUAUCGCCAUCCGCGACGACAGUUCAACGAUCGCCGGCACAUCGAAGCUCGCACAGCCUAUCUCGGCCUUCCUUUGUGCUUGAGCAUGGCAUCUUGUUGUCAAGACGCGCCCAGCCGCCCAGCUGGGCGGCCGCAGGCAUUACCAACGAACGCCACGGCCGCGGCCCCAUCGCUGCUUCAAUAUGGCGCCUACAGCAUCGCGCUUACGCCUCCUCCGAACGACAAAAUACCCCGAAACCGAAUCCGGAGAGGCAACCGACGUCAGUCGCCCCCGGUGACAAGCAUGCCAAACCCGCGACAGGCCAGGAGGACGCAGCUAGUCCCGAGACCGAAGCCGAGUCGAUUGCCGCAUCCGUAUCCAAGUACCUUCAUCUGCCGAAGAUGCCGCAUAGGCCUUCCAAGGAGGAGCUCUUGGCUGCUGCCAACGGCUUCUGGGAACGAGUGCGGGUUCGGUUCAAGUGGAUGUCCAUCAGGAGCAUGAGGCCCUGGAACGCCGACGAGUGGGGGGCCUUUGUGUCGUGGUUCAUGCUUGGCCACCUGGUGUGGAUUCUUGUCGGAACCACUACGUUCUUCUCCCUCCUCAUCUUCUCUAUCAAUACUGUGUUUGCUCAAGAAACACUGGCAAAAUGGGUAGGCGACUACCUGACACAGUCCGCCGGAGUGACGGUGGUCUUCGAGUCAGCCAUCGUACCCAAGUGGAAGAAUGGCGUGAUAGCUUUUCGUAACGUCUUCGUCUCGAGGCGCCCGGGACAGGUCGAGUCGUCAGUGAGCAAAGGAUCGUCUGACGCCGCUGCGGUUGCUGCCGCGGGCCGUCAGGCGCAGCUCGCCGGCUCGGAAGAUACAGAAGACGAUGGAAACUACACGCAGUUCGACGUGACCAUUGCCAACGUCAACGUCACGCUGUCCUUCAUCAAUUGGUGGAGUGGAAAGGGGCUUCUCAAGGAUGUCGAGGUCACGGGGGUCCGAGGAGUCCUCGAUCGAACCUCGGUGGUGUGGCCUGCGGAGCAAAUCGACCCUCUCUCCUACCGACAUACCCACGAACCUGGGGAUUUCGAGAUCGAGUCGUUCAAGCUCGAGGAUCUUCUCCUGACCAUUCAUCAACCAGACGGCUUCCGCCCGUUCUCAGUCAGCAUAUACUCGUGCGAGUUGCCACAACUACGAAAGCAGUGGCUGUUUUAUGACUUUCUGUCGGCCAGCCACAUGUCGGGGUCUUUUGAUGGCUCCCUGUUCACGAUUCACCCUCGACAGGUUCAUGGCGUGGUGUCGAGCAAUGGACAGGGCGCCAUGCUCGGCGUUGGAGAGCCCAGUGCCUGGAAAAAGUUCAGCAGGCUGAGGAUAGACGGCCUGAAGAUCGACCACUUGAAUCGUGGCGUCGAGGGCCCCUUUGGAUGGAUCUAUGAGGGCAACGUGGAUAUUGUUGCCGACGUCAUGUUCCCAGCCGACACGGAUGAAGGCAUCACAAAGGUCAUGUCUGACUUUUACGACCAACUGGAGGAAGCCGUCAUCUCGAACCGGGCUCGCUUCCUGCAAAAAGCCGCGGACACGGCGCCAGAUAUUUUACGAUCCGGCCACCUCUCUGAAGCUUCGGGUCAGCCUCUCGACGAGCACCCAGCUGAAGAUGGUAGCAAUGGCGAGCAAGAGGAGGAGGACCGCCGAUAUCUCAUCAUGGACAUGCGGAUCCACCUCAACGACGUCAAGGCUGCCGUGCCGCUGUUCACCCGCGACAUAUCUUACAUCAACCAGGCGCUCGUGCGGCCCAUUGUCGCCUACAUCAACGCCAAGAAGACGUAUAUACCCAUCGCCUGCCGCAUCGUCAAGCGGCUCAACGACUUUGACGGCAGCUGGACCGUGUUCGACUGCGGCCUCAUGGACGACGCGUCGGCCGAGACGUACGAGGCCUUCGCCAAGGACGUCGAGGACCAGCAGAGCCGCGUCAGGCGCUUCAAGAAGGUCGGGUUCUGGACGCUCUCGCUCGCCGUGCACGCCCUCUUCAUGGGCAUGGCGGGCAACGUGGUUUAG